AACCCCUGCUCUGGUCCACACCAGCUUAUCCAACCGCUGCUGUUCGGUUCCCUUCCUUCUUCGCCCUUCCCACGCUGGGCCCGGCAGUUGCUGAGCGCCGGGAGGGCGGAGCAAGAGCGCCGCGCAAGCUUUGUCUCUCUCUGUGUGCAAAACCCAAUCGGUCAGGCAGCGCUGCUUCUCGCGGAGCGGAUCACCCGCCAGAGACCCUUCAGCAAUGUUUGGCAUGAUCAGAAAUUCUCUUUUUGGUACCGCGGAGGUUUGGCCCUGCCGGCUUCUGAGCAAGGGGGAGAAGGAUGAUGUAGCCUAUGAGGAAAGGACAUAUGAAGGUGGGAUGUUUGCCAUUGUUGAACUCUCUGAAAAGCCCUUUGACGAGGCUUUACAUGAAGCAGUGCUGAAGCUUCUUAAAUAUGUUGGAGGAAGCAAUAAUCAAGGAGCUGGCAUGGGGAUGAUGGCCCCAGUUUGUAGCACAGUCUUUCCUGCAGAGGAUGGAUCAUUGCAGCACAAGGUGAAAGUUCUGCUACGGAUCCCAAGCCAGUUCCAGGACAACCCCCCUUCACCAAGUGAUGUGAGCAUCCAGAUUGAGAAAAGGGAAGAAAUGGUUGUUUAUUCUACGAUGUUUGGAGGCUAUGCAAAAGAAGUAGACUAUGUGAAUUAUGCAGCCAAGCUAACCUCUGCUUUAGGAAAUGAGGCAUCCUUCCACAAAGACUUCUAUUUUUGCAAUGGUUACGAUCCCCCCAUGAAACCCUAUGGGCGGCGCAAUGAAGUUUGGCUGUUGAAAAAAGUGACCAAUUAAAAAAGCUGGAAGGAACUCUAGGAAAAUAUCCACCAAUGCCAUGGAAAGUAAUGGAAGUGAAAAUGAGAAAACUAAGAUGGCUUGCUUUUGAAAUUCAUUCAGCAUUUCUUUUUAUUUUUAAUGAACAUAUAUUCAUAAAAUUCUUUUGAAUUUGCCAUUUAUUUCAUAAGGCAUCAAUUAUAUUUCUUGAGAUGAUUUUUCUCUUCUGCAGAAUAGGAAGAAUAAAGUGCCUUCUACAAAGAACAAUAUUUUUAAAUUGCACUAAGUGAGCAAUAAGAAAUAGUUUUUUAUUGCACCAGAACAAAUGAACAGAUAAAUUAUUGAAUUGUGGGAAGACCAAAUAUUAAUUCAAAUAAAUCCAGGUUAUCUCUU